AUGUUGUGGAAUAUUGCUGUAUGUCUAGUUUUAUCAUGUUUGGCAAAUGCGUUUGAUCAGAUGCCUACACUUGAUCCAUCAAUUCCAACUGUUAGUCCUCAUACAUCCAGCAACCCGGAUUCUUGUGUCGGACAGUGUGCUUUCGGAUUUGUCGAUGCUAUUAGAAAUCAAUUGGGAGCUAAACGCACAACUUCUCUCCUUCAAUUGAACUACAACGACUUCCUAACUUCAUUCUCGAACACCACCUUCUUCGAAAAGUUCUGCGGAAUCUAUCACACUUUCCAACACUGUUCUUCAAAAUGUGACCCUGGAUAUCUUCAUCAACUCCUGAUGCGCUCAUCUGAAAUAAUUGAUCAUUAUUGCGUCUAUAACUAUGAUGCUAUAAGACAGAAGUUCCCUUGCUUGGAGACCAUUAGCAGCAACACAGACUGUAUUAAACUGUGUGCGCCUAAGCAUGACGCUGUAACAUCUCUUAUUAACAACUUCAGACAUUUAGCGUUGAGCGGAGAUACCUCCCAAGCUGAAGUUUAUCUUAGUGAUAGCUGCGAGUAUGUCACAUGCACUCUACAUUGCGACAUCCCUACCAUUGCCCACAAAUGUGAUUUUGAUACCGCUGAACUAGUUGUCGAUUUAACAAGAAGAUCAUUUGGAAGUAUGGAGAAAAUGGCCCUAGACACUAAUGCUGUCAAGAAAUGGCCUUCCAAGUGCUCAGAUAUUAAGACUUAUCGUCUUCCUAAACCAGUAUCUCCUCCAACAGACCAACAAGUAGUGGCAGAAAGCAAAGGACACAAAGUGAGUGAAAUGAACAUGGAAGCUGCCGCACUCGUUCAAUCUUCGGUACGCUAUCUCUCAAUGGCAUCCAUCAUCAUGGCAGCCUUCCUUUGA